AUGAGCAACGCCAACGGAACAACCAAGAAGACGACCGCCGGCAGCCGCACCGUCCGCUUCCGCAUCAAACGCCAGGAAGCGCACGGCAAGCCCUCGCGAUGGGAAGAGUUCGACGUCCCCGUCCAGUCCUCCGCCGAGGGCUCGGGCAGCGCCAACGUCAUCUCCUGCCUCCAGUGGAUCGCCGCCAACCCCGUCACCGUCCGCGGCGAGCAGACCACGCCCGUCACCUACGACUCGGGCUGCCUCGAAGAGGUGUGCGGCUCGUGCACCAUGGUCAUCAACGGCAAGGUCCGCCAGUCCUGCUCGUGCCUCAUCGACGAGUACGCCCCCAACGACGGCGACACCAUCACGCUCGAGCCCAUGAGCAAGUUCCCGGUCAACCGCGACCUCUUCGUCGACCGCUCACGCCUGUUCAACGACCUCAAGCGCAUCAACGCCUGGGUCCCCAUCGACGGCACCUACCACCUCGGCGCCGGCCCGGAGGAGUCCCCCGAGAAGCAGCAGACCCGCUACAAGCUCUCCGAGUGCAUGUCCUGCGGCUGCUGCCUCGAGGCCUGCCCCCAGUACACCCUCGAGGACGACGAGGACAAAUGGGAAGGCUCCUUCGUCGGCGCCGCCGUCAUAUCGCAGGCCCGCUACUUCAACCUCCACGGCACCGGCAAGGAGCUCGAGAAGAAGCGGCUGGACGUCCUCUCGCAGAAGGGCGGCGUCUCGGAUUGCGGCAACGCCCAGAACUGCGUCCGCGUCUGCCCCAAGGAGAUCCCGCUCACCGAGUCCAUCGGCGCCAUGGGACGCUCCGUCACGGUCCACAAGAUCAAAGAGUUCUUCUCCGGCUCCUGA